GAGGCCCUAUCUAUUGGCUUUGCUUCCAUUUAUUCUCAGCUUUAAUUUCCCUUAAAAAUCCCGACUUUCUUGUUCCCUUUCAACGGCUCAACCCCUCCAUUUUUGUCCUCCAUUCCAAAUAUGAUUUUUAAUUUCAAUUCUUAUGUAAUUCAAUCCCAACCCUUCAUCGUCUCUGCUAUAAUCACCAUAUAGAUUCUCUACUUUGUGUUUCCUUGUUUCGUUUUUUACCUUAACCUUUACCUGCUUGUCUCGCGUUUCUAAUUUUCUUUUUGGGAGGAAUCGAUUUCUUCCCAUUUUGUUGUUUCUUCUUCUUCUUCUUUUUUUUUUUUUGAAUUAAUUAAUGUAAGAGCCGACCCAGAAGGCAAUAAAUUAAUUUUAAUUUCUUGUUGGGUUUUUAAAGAUUUAAUUUUUUUUUUUUUUAAUGGCGGAUUUGAUGGCAAUGGUGGCGAGUUUUUGGAGAACAUUUCUUCUUGUGUAGGUGUAGCUUUUCUUCGUGGAAGUCUUGGGGAUAAGACCCAUUUUUGUGAAACUCAGGUACGCAGCCUUCUAAAGCUCCAAAAUAGACUAAUUCUCAUGGUUUGAAGCUGGUGGGGUUUCUUUAUUUGACGAAAUCAUUUACCCUUUUGAUAUUAAAGAAUCAAAUCCACGAAAUCCCCUUCUUUUUUUUCUUUUCUUGAUCUAAUCGGAAUAACCCCAAGAAAUGUAUGGGACUCAAAGCAAAAGAGAUAUUGCUCUAGAAUUGCAAGCUCAGAUUCCAAUUCUAAGGCCGAGUAUCCACGCAAGGAGGGCGAAUAUUACAGUUAAGUUUCAAGAUCUAUAUGGGUUCACAGUGGAAGGCAAUGUGGAUGAUGUUAAUGUGUUGAAUGAAGUUAGGGAAAAGGUUAGACAACAGGGUCGUGUUUGGUGGGCAUUGGAAGCUAGCAAAGGAGCCAAUUGGUACUUGGAACCCUCUGUUUCUGAAGGGAUCGCCCUCAAAUCCUCCCUCAAAUUAUCAACCCUUGCGAAUGCCAUCACUUUGAAGAAGUUGAUUAGGAAAGGAAUUCCGCCGGUUCUUCGUCCCAAGGUUUGGUUCUCCUUAUCCGGAGCUGCGAAGAAGAAAUCCACGGUUCCUGAUAGCUAUUACAAUGAUUUGACCAAGGCUGUCGAAGGGAAAGUCACGCCGGCCACUAGGCAGAUUGAUCAUGACUUGCCCCGUACUUUUCCUGGUCAUCCUUGGUUAGACACACCAGAGGGUCAUGCCGCUCUUCGUCGUGUUCUUGUUGGGUAUUCCUUCCGUGACUCCGAUGUUGGAUACUGUCAGGGCUUAAACUAUGUUGCUGCAUUGUUAUUGCUCGUGAUGAAAACGGAAGAAGAUGCUUUUUGGAUGCUAGCUGUCCUCUUAGAAAAUGUUUUAGUUAGUGACUGUUACACGACCAACUUGUCAGGAUGUCAUGUCGAGCAAAGGGUGUUCAAAGAUUUACUUACCAAAAAGUGUCCCAGGAUAGCUGCCCAUUUGGAAGCAUUGGAUUUUGAUGUCUCCCUUGUAGCCACUGAGUGGUUCCUGUGUCUUUUCUCUAAGAGCCUACCUUCUGAGACGACUCUUCGUGUUUGGGACGUCCUUUUCUAUGAGGGAGCAAAAGUUCUGUUUCACGUGGCUUUGGCUAUCUUUAAGAUGAAGGAAGGGGAGUUGCUUAUAACUCAUCAUGUGGGAGAUGUGAUUAAUAUUCUACAGAAAACUACACAUUACCUAUUCGAUCCCGAUGAUCUAUUGACGGUGGCAUAUGACAAAAUUGGAUCAAUGACUACCAACACUAUAUCGAAGCAAAGGAAAAAGCAAGAACCAGCAGUUAUGGCUGAGCUUGACCAGAGAUUGAGGCGACUAAAUUCCAUUAAAGCGGAUGACAAAUAAGCCCUUUCAUUCCCACCUGUCAAGCUCUGAUCAAACUGUAACAUUAUAGCUAUACACGACUUCCCUUCCCUGCCUCAGAGAGAGUAAAGUAAAACCAAAAAAAAAAAAAAAAAAAAAAAAAAAAAAAAAAAGAAAAAAACCAAAAACCAAGAGAGCAUCUGUUUUUCCAUGGUGUUUGUAGCUUUAUAAAAUGUAAAUUACAAAUGUUAAUACUUUUUAUAUAUUGUUAAUUACACUGCUAAAGAGAGAGAGCGUUAUGGGUUUCCCCCUGCUCUGUAA